AAGGAUCCUUACGGGGGAUCGGGCGGGAGCUACAACUCGCGGAAGGAGACGGAAGCCAUGCUGCCCGGGGACACCUUGGGCUCGCUGGAGGACCGCGCUGCCAGCGGCCAGACGUACAGCGAGCGGGUGGAAGCCUACAACCAGCGGUACGCCUACAUGAAGUCCUGGGCUGGCCUGCUCCGGAUCCUCGGCGUGGCCGAGCUGCUGCUGGGCGCCGCCGUCUUCGCCUGCGUCACGGCCUACGUGCACAAGGAUAACGAGUGGUACAACAUGUUCGGGUACUCGCAGGCGUGGAUAGUCACGAUAGUGCUGCUGGUGCUGGGCAUGUCGAUGUACUACCGGACUAUCCUCCUCGAUUCCAACUGGUGGCCUCUGACCGAGUUCGGGAUUAACGUGGCCUUGUUCUUUCUGUACAUGUCGGCUGCCGUAGUGUACGUGAACGACACCAACCGAGGUGGGCUCUGCUAUUACCAGCUGUUUAAGACGCCGAUAAAUGCAUCUUUUUGCCGCGUAGAGGGAGGUCAGACGGCAGCAAUCAUCUUCUUGUUCGUCACAGUGGUCAUCUAUCUGAUUAGUGCGGUGGUUUCUCUAAAGUUGUGGCGGCAUGAAGGCGCCAGGAGGCACAGGGAGUUAAUGGAACGGGAG